UGUAAUAAGUAUCUUUUUGCACUCUUUAUUGUAACAUACAUAUCCGUUGCUAUUUCAGUGUCUAUACAAUAGUAGCUGGCCUAUGUACAUGUACUAAAUUAGAAGAGUAGAGUAUGUACACAAUAGGGAUAUAUAUGGUUACACCAAGCUCGCCAUUGCCACACCCCCAUCGUGGUGUCGUCUGAUUACGCUAUUUGGCAACCGCGGAAAAGGGUAAAUGAUUCCACUUUUCUUUUACUUUGGCCUUUCAACCUUGAGCCUCAUUAGCCAUAUGCUAUAUAGUACAGUCUCUCUAAGAAAGCGGACGGUGGAGACGAAAGGGGAAGGGGAAAGAGAGGAGGUAGUUGGUAAACAGCAGGGAUAUCAAUACAUUUUUUUUGCUCCCAGCUUUUUUGGGACAAAUAUGCAAAAUACGAGCCUGCUAUCGUCGCUUCAUGGUCAAAACACUUUCGGCUAUUGGAUCUUUGCCUCACAGCAUAUACAAAGAUCUGCAAUCUUGAACUCUAUUACAAUAAAUUCUUAGCUCCUCAGUGCCGAUGGAAG